AUGAACAACUAUGUAUUCCAAGAUGAUCAGCCCUUGUACAACCAGGGAAGAUCUUUUGAAUACGCAUUACCGAUGGAUGACCACUCCUGGUCGGCCUACCAAGGGCUGGUGGAUACUAUGGACUUGAAUCAGCAGAGAAGACCUGCUACGGCACUUCCAUCGGUCGACAGCAGUCUGCUCUUCCCCUACUUUACAGACUCCAGUAAAGGACUCAGGUCUACCUCGCAGCUCUUACAAAGCGAACAGCAGGGCAAUAAUGUACCAUGUACCGGUGUACAGGACUUCGAACAAUUUUCUCAUGAUGCAAACUCUAUUUGGACCACGGAAUUUCCGAAGUUCCAGCGUCAACAACUACAGGCCGGCUCUGGAGUCUCUUUUCCGUCAGAUCUGGAGACCUGGCUCAUCAGCCAGAGUGUCAGCUUACCGAACGAGCCUUGGGACAAUGAUCCAAGUAUAACUAUGAGAUUGGAGUCAGUGUCAUCAAAUCCAUCGUUACCUAUGCAUUCACACGAGCUUGCGCAGCCACUGCCGCAAGCUUACGCGCAUGGAUUUCCGACAUGUACCACUGAGACGCUUCCUAUCGACCAGUGGAACGACUCAGGCUCAAGUCCAACCGAUUCGUGGGAUAGCGAAGCUAUCGGCUAUACAAGCUUGGACUUUACGAAAAUGCUUCCGCACGAGAACCCUGUUUACAAAUCCGCAUCGAUCAAUAGUAGAAAGGAUUUGCGAUGCUGGGACCACGGAUGUCAGGGUCGAGCUUUCUCCUCAAGAAGCAAUCUUAGGCGUCAUCAAAGAGAGCAAGAUGCCCGCGUCAAGCUACUCCCCUGCCCGUUCUGCGGCACUAACUUCUAUAGGAAAUGGACGAGAGACCAGCACGUGGCUCGUAUGAGCUGCAAAAAGUCAGACAGAUAUAUUCUUGCUCUAGAGGCUUACUUGUCGAGGUUGACACAUGAUCAUGGUCUGAUGACAUCUGCCAACUUCCAUAAUACUGCUGUCGCAAGUCAAGAAUAG